UGUGUACAGUAUUAGUACACAUGUUUUUUGUUUAUUUGUUUUAUACCCAUUUUGGUCCUCUUUAAUGUCUCUUUUGAACAGAACGCCUCAUUGAAAGUAAUAAAAAAUUAUGAUUUUGACCAAACUGAAGAUAACAAGCAAACUAGGAUCUCUUAAACGACUUGGGACUAAAGAGGGGAGCUCAAAAUGUGAUGAGGCCCCUGAUAUGCCUCAGUCGACAAAGUACGGGGCCAAUUCUGAGGACUACAAGCGGAUUUCGGUUCUGGGCAGGAGCACAACCGGUUUGGCCACCGUCCAUCUGGCCGUCCACAAGCCCUCAGACAGUUGGGUGGCCCUGAAACAGUACAACUUAGACGAACUCGACAGGGAGAAUGCAGACUUGAUAAAGGAAGAAAUCAUUUUAAUGCGUCAACUUUCCCACUCGUGCAUUCUCUCUUCUUUUGGCUCCUUCGUUUCUGGAAACAACGUAGUAUGCAUACUGCCGGUGAUGGGCUUCGGCUCUACAGCUGAUCUCAUAGCCAGGCACUUCCCAACGGGUCUCCCCGAGCAAAUCAUUGUCACCGUUUUGAAAGCAGUUCUGCAGGCACUUCAGUAUUUACAUUCCAAAGGAAUCAUCCAUAGGGCAGUUCGUGGAAGCCAUAUCCUAAUCUCUUCAGACGGUUAUGUCAAGUUGGGUGGAUUUCGUUAUUCCUGUGGUUUGGUGUCAUCUGAAAGGUGGAAUCGUAAAGUGCACUCUUUUCCACCCAAUUCAGAGCCUAAUUUAAAUUGGCUUUCACCGGAGCUUUUAGAACAAAAUCUUGAGGGGUACAAUGAAAAAUCUGACAUCUACAGUGUUGGUAUAACGGCUUGUGAAUUAGCAAAUGGAAUCGUACCGUACUUUGGUACCUGCAAGACCCUCAUGCUGACUGAAAAAGUCAAAGGAUUCCAUCCCCAGCUAAUUGAUGCAUCAACAUUUAUUCCCAAUGGCCAUGGUGAGGAAGACGAUGAAAAUUACAAAGAAGACAACGACGAAGUAUCCAGGGUGGUGAAGACAAGAAAAUUUUCUGACAUGUUCCAUUCUGUUACUGAGUACUGUUUAGAGCGGGACCCAAAUAUCCGGCCAUCGCCGAAGCAGAUCUUGACUCUACCUUUUUUCAAGACGGCUCUAUCGCCUCCUUCCCUUGUUCAGACGCUGAAAUCGUACAUUGACCCUGCUGACUUUCCCUAUCAAAUCCAAGAAGAGGAGAACGCAGACCAGGUAGCAUGUGAGUUGAUGAAUAACCUGGAACUGGAUCCUAUCAAAUGGGAAUUUUAAUAAAUAAACUAGUUAAUGUAAA